UAUGUCGAUGCUCAGACACCAGCCCGCUUGAGCUGCUACAGCACUGUAAACGGAUCAAUAGUCGCCUCAGAUGUUCAUGAAGCAAUGGAACAGGAUGUAGACACUGCAGUUACCGCAGCAAGCAUUGCGUUUCCAAGUUGGGCCGCACUUUCCAACGAGAAGAGGGCCCAAAUCUUGCAUAAAUUUGCUGAUCUCAUGGAGCGGGAUGCUGACAGGCUCGCCCAUUUGGAAGCAGUGUGCAACGUGAAGCCUGUCAAGUUGCUUUGUGAAUAUGAGCUGCCGCAAGCAGUCAAUAUCUUCAGAUACUACGCUGGCUGGUGCGGUAAGAUCCACGGAGAGUCUUAUCCUACAAAUGAUGGCUUCCUCAAAAUCGUCCAGCGAGAGCCAUUGGGUGUAUGCGCGGCGAUUACCGCAUUCAAUGCUCCUAUCAUGGGAAUGGCCAUGAAGGCUGCGCCAUGCCUGGCAACUGGUAAUACCCUGAUCUUGAAAUCUAGCGAAAGAACUCCCCUGUCAACAAUUUACCUCGGGAAGUUGGCGAAUGAAGCAGGUUUCCCCCGGGUGUUUUCAAUAUCAUCUCUGGGGGAGGACAUACCGCAUAUGGGGAUCAAUCAGAUUUCAUUCAGUGCUGGCGUUGGGAAACAGAUCGCUCAAGCCGCGUCCCAGAGUAACUUGAAGCGGAUUACAUUGGAAUUAGGAGGGAAAAGUCCCAGCAUCAUUUUCCCAGAUGCCAAACUGGAUAUUGCGAUUCCUUGGUGCGUGAAUGGAAUUUUGGUGUUAUCUGGUCAGGUCUGCUUUGCCAGUUCUCGUGUCUAUGUUCGUGCGAGUAUAAAGCAACAGGUGGUCGAACUGAUGCAGACAUCAUUUGAAGCUAAGUAUGAAUUGUUUGGCGAUCCACUUGACAAAGAAGUCGAAUUUCCACCCCUCGUGGACCAGGCGCACUUUUGUAAAGUCAAGGGUUUUAUCGAUCGCGGCAAAAAGGAGGCAACCCUUAUCACUGGUGGGGAUGCUAUCUCAAGCAAGGGCCAUUGGAUGCGCCCAACAAUAUUCGUUGACCCAAGUCCCAAUGCUGAAAUCAGCCGCGAAGAGAUUUUCGGUCCUGUGGUUGUGAUUAUUGGGUUCAACGAUGAGGAGGAGGUCAUUGCCCAGGCUAAUAAUACGCAAUUUGGAUUGGCUGGUGCGGUUUUCACCCAGGACAUCAAUCGCGCUCUUCGUGUAGCCAGCGCAAUCUCCAGUGGGAUGGUUGGUGUCAGUUGCUGUGGUGUUCUGGACGCAAGCGUUCCAUUUGUUCCAUUUGGAGGAUACAAACAGAGUGGGUUAGGGCGGGAGCUGGGCCAGGAAGCCCUAGCAGAGUACACCCAGACCAAGACCAUAGUGGUGAAGUGA